AGUCACUCAACAGAUCAACACGCGCGCGCUUCACUGGCUCUCACUUCUGACUGACUGUCAGACACACACACACACACACACACACACACACACGGAACCGCUGUACUGUACCCGUGCCUUCAAUCCCUCACGGACUUAUAAUGAAAAAUUUCGCCAUGAGUGAGGAGACCGUAGUGUGGGUGUAGCUGUUCACUGGAGCAAGAAGCAAGAUAUCACAAGCGACAGCGUCCACACUCCCACAAAGGAGACGAUGGGCGAAGCUGAAGAUGAGAAGAACCAGGCAGGACGUCUGUUUGAGAACUUUGUUCAGGCCGCUGACUGUAAAAGUACCCUACAGGCCUUCAAUAUAAUGUGCAGUUACCUGGAGCUGGACCCUCUGGAGCACAGCACCUUCUACAGCUGUUUGAAGAGCAUGAUGACGUGCUGGAAGGCCAAAGCCCUGUGGAGUAAACUGGACAAAAGAGCCAGCCAAAAAGAGUACAAGAAAGGCAAAGCCUGUGAGGGCAUUAAGUGCUUGAUAAUUGGCGGGGGCCCGUGUGGCGUGCGGACUGCCAUCGAGUUAGCUCUCCUCGGAGCCAAAGUGGUGGUGAUCGAGAAGAGAGAUACAUUCUCCAGGAACAACGUCCUGCAUCUUUGGCCCUACACCAUUCAUGACCUCAGGGGCUUAGGAGCCAAGAAAUUCUAUGGAAAGUUCUGUGCUGGAGCGAUAGACCACAUCAGCAUUCGGCAGCUCCAGCUCAUGCUCCUGAAGAUUGCUCUGCUCCUCGGUGUGGAGUUUCACGUUAAUGUGGAGUUCGUCAAGCUGGUGGAGCCUCCAGAGGACCAGGAGAAUGAGGGGCCGGGCUGGAGGGCAGAGAUCCGGCCCGCGGAUCAUCCCGUGGCCGACUUCGACUUUGAUGUGGUGGUGGGAGCCGAUGGGAGACGAAACUCUUUAGAAGGGUUCAGGAGGAAGGAAUUUCGUGGCAAACUGGCCAUCGCCAUAACGGCAAACUUCAUCAACAGAAACACCACAGCUGAGGCAAAGGUUGAGGAGAUAAGUGGAGUUGCCUUCAUCUUCAACCAGAAAUUCUUUCAAGAUCUCAAACAGGAAACCGGGAUUGAUCUUGAGAACAUCGUUUACUACAAAGACAACACACACUACUUUGUCAUGACAGCUAAGAAGCAGAGCCUGCUGGACAAGGGUGUCAUCGUUCAUGAUUAUAUCGACACUGAGGCGCUGCUGAACAGCGAGAAUGUGAAUCAAGAGGCUUUGCUGGCGUAUGCUCGAGAGGCAGCCGACUACGCCACACACUACCAGCUGCCCACGCUGGACUACGCCAUCAACCACUGCGGGCAGCCUGAUGUGGCCAUGUUUGACUUCACCAGCAUGUACGCCUCAGAGAACGCUGCUCUGGUCAGGGAGAGGUUUGGUCAUAGUGUACUGGUGGCACUAGUGGGAGACAGCCUUCUAGAGCCCUUCUGGCCUAUGGGGACAGGCUGUGCCCGCGGGUUCCUGGCAGCCUUUGACACGGCUUGGAUGGUAAAAAGUUGGGCGCAGGGUAGAAAUCCACUCGAGGUGCUGGCAGAGAGGGAGAGUCUGUACCGAUUGCUACCUCAGACAAAACCUGAAAACAUUGGCAAAAACUUUGAUUUGUACACCAUAGAUCCAGGAACACGCUAUCCAAACCUUAAUUCAAACUGUGUGAGGCCACACCAGGUCCGGAACAACUAUAUCUGUGGAGAGAUGAAGCCGUGCUCUCUGGAACGGGCCGCCACGAUACGCCGUCCUGUCAACUUGGCCAGGCGAGAGUCUGAGAUCAGGCCGAGUCGGUUACUGACGUGGUGUCAGAAGCAGACGCAGGGCUACAGGGGUGUGAAUGUGACUGACCUCACUUCCUGUUGGAGCAGUGGCCUGGCUCUCUGUGCUCUCAUUCAUCACUUCAGACCGCAGAUCAUCGAUUACGACUCUCUGAAUGAGCAAGACUGUGCCAAAAAUCUUCAGCUGGCAUUUGAUGUGUCCGAGAAGGAGUUUGGCAUCAAGCCGUUCAUGACAGGGAAAGAGCUGGCGUCAGGACCGGAGCCGGACAAGACCAGCAUGAGCACAUACCUCUCCAAAUUCUAUGAGCUUUUCCGGGGAACGCCUCUACCUCCUUCAGAUUCAAAGCGAGAUGGUGAUGCAAAUAAGGAAAAAUGUCCUACAGCUUCCAGACCUGUUUACAGAUCCCUGAGUUUACAUCAGCCUCGUAAACGCAUACCCAAGAAUGAACAAAAGUCUGAAGACGAUGAUGCAAUUUACAAGAGAAGAAGGAAAAUCAGUUACUUAGAAGAGACAGCCAAAUCCUUCAAUCAGAGUUCUUCUGUAUCCAGUGAGGGACGGGAACUGAAGGAAAACAAGGUCAAGUUUAUGGCCACUCAACUUCUAGCAAAAUUUGAGGACAGCACAGCAAGCUGUUCUAUUCGCCGGCAGUCUGACUGUAAUGGCGAGAGGCCUCCAAGACCCCCAUCGCUCGAUAUGACUGAUAGCCCCCUCUUUAACAUUAUCAGGAAGAAAGUUCCUCCACCCCCACCCCCUAAAAAACAGUUUCCACCCUCGGCUCCUCUCUUCCCCUCGCUUCAUUCCAGUCCUCUGAAUCCACAGAGGAAACCACUUCACCCGACUCACACACACACUCACACACACUCAGAGGCAGAGAACACAGCCGGCUCAGGCUCGGGUCACUCGGCAGUGCUGGCCAUGACAGCAAUGCUCCAGCGCCUCCAGAGGGUGGAGGAUGAGAUUAGCCAGAGGAAAGCCCAGACUCAAAAGGCCAGGGAGUUUCAUAAAAAAAGCAUAAAGGAGAAGGCUGUGCAUUUGAGCGCUCUGUUCUCUGGCGAGGCCUCCUCUCCGCAUCAGAUGUCUAGACCCAAACCGUUACACAUGCAGGAUUUUAAACAGGAGAUACAGGGAGAAACAGGGAGUCUGUCCCAUCUGUUAAGCAGUGGCAGAACGUCUCAUUUUAGCCAUCGAGACGAAACAGAGAUCCCCCAGUCAAAGGAAAACAGAAAUUUUAAAGUCCAUGAUAAGACCAGUUCUUCCGCUGUCAAUCCUCAUCGUUCUAACUCCAUAAUAUUUCACCCCAUCCCAGAAUGCUCUGCUCCUCUCCAUCUUUCCUUUACCUUCUCCUCUGCUUUCUCAUUAAGCUGUAAAUCAAAACCAGAAAUUAUUUAUGGCAUAAACAUGCAAGGAGAAGCAAAGAAUAUCUCACAAAUGUCUGACACCAGCAGUAGCACAACAUCCUUUACUGUAAGAAAACAAACAGACAUUCUUCAAUCAAAUGGAGACCCAUAUGCUCCCAAACAGCGCACAGUAGGCAGAGUGUCUCUAGUGGGCGCUAGAGGUGACGCUCUGGUUACGCUCUGCGAGAAUGAUCACAGGCCUCAGCCAAGCAGCUCAGGCACUCCGCCUUCCUUAAAAAGAGAAUUUCCUCAGAGUCUGGGUGAUGUGUGUCACGCGUGUAAGAAGCGUGUGUUUGUAGUGGAGAGGCUCAGCGCUGAGGGAUUCCACUUCCACAGGGAAUGCUUCCGCUGCGACACAUGCAGAGCUCCGCUGCGCCAGGGAGGACAUUCCUUCGAUUCGGUGGAAGGAAAGUUGUACUGCAAACUCCACUUUGCUCAACGGAAAUCCUUAGUGACGAAUGGAAGAUCACAAAAUCUCCACACGACAUGUACUAACGGAUCCCCCGACCGCUCUAGCUGGAGUCCAGAGGAACGCGAGACUCAUCUUCAGGCCGAGUCUCCAGGUAUCAUGUCCUCUCUGAGGAGAAGCCUGCGUUGGCCGCUGCACGUGAGCCAGUGUGUGUGUUCUGUGCCCCGUGGUGUGUUUAACUGGCUGCAUGGUAAAGUGUGGGCGGCAGGUGUUCACCUGAUGGAUAACGCUGGGGAUUACGCUUUUCUGUACGAGCUGCUCAGCGUGAGUCUGCCUCUGCUCGCCGUUCUCCACGAACAGCUUGUCCAGAUGUACGCAGAGACCGAACCGCUCGAUCUACAGCCUCUACAGCACUGGCUGGAAGAACACGUGGGCCACUGGGUCUCGGCGUGAGAGAAACGUCAUCAGGCAACGUCGCGUCC